GGUCCUGUACCUGACUGUCUCAUUCUGGAGGCUUCCAGACAGCCGUGGUUAGUGCCCAAACCUGAGAGGAUGUCUUCAGAUGGUGCGUCUCCAUUGCCAGGACCCGACAUUACCGUGAAGCCUGGCGCUGCCCUGUCUCCCUUCACUGCAUUUCCCUUCCCCCAGCCUGGUCCUGGCCCACCAGACCAACCACCCUGGGGGCCGCCCUCGCAGCACCCCGUACCUUCGGCACUCUCUCCAGGCAACCCUCUGGUGCUCUCUGCUUUCCCCAGCCCGUUGUUGGUGACAGGGGAUGGGGGCCCUGGCCCCAGUGGAGCUGGAGCUGGCAAGGUCACUGUCAAAGUCAAGACAGAAGGAGGGCCAGCUGAGCCCUCCCAAACUCAGAACUUUAUCCUUACUCAGGCCGCCCUCAAUUGGACUGCCUCAGGCGCUCCCUUCGGGGGCGCUGAGAGUCCUGCCCCCGGAUUCCUGACAGCCUCUAAUGUGAAGACCCUUCUGCCCCCGAAGGCAGUUGGCGUGAGCCAGGAGGGCCUCCCAGGCCUUCCUACUCAGGCUCCACUACCAGCUGCCCAACUGGCCCCCAUCGUGCCCCCGGAAAAGGCUUCACCAGGGCCGCAUGGGGCAACUGGGGAAGGAGGUCCUGCGGCUGCCCGAUCCAAGCCCUCACUGGAUGACCUCUCUUAUACCUCCAAGGGUGUUUAUGAGAAUUUCCAAUGCUGGCAGCACUACAAAGCGUUGGCAAGGAGGCACUUAUCCCAAAGUCCUGAUGCAGAGGCCCUUUCCUGCUUUCUUAUCCCAGUGCUUCGUCCCCUGGCCCGGCGGAAGCCCACUAUGACUGUGGAGGAGGGACUGCCAAGGGCUGUGCAGGAGUGGGAACGUACCAGCAACCUUGACCGGAUGAUCUUUUAUGAGAUGGCAGAAAAGUUCAUGGAGUUUGAGGCCGCGGAGGAGAUGCAGGUUCAGAACACACAGCUGAUGAAUGGGUCCCAGGGCGUGCCUCCUGAAGCCCCUCUGAAGCUUGAUCCUCCAGGGUCCCCAGCCCCCGAGGUUUGCCAGCAGGCAGUGUACAUUCCCAAGAAGGCAGCCUCCAAGGCACGGGUGCCCCGCCAGCGGCAGCGCAAGACCCAGAGGCCUCUGGCUCCUGAGGCACCCAAGGAGAUCCCACCAGAGGCAGUGAAGGAGUACACCGACAUCAUGGAAGGGCUGGUGGCGAGCCACUUGGCCACCGAGGAGUCGGAUGGAAAACAGGAAGAGGAAGAGCUGCAGCGGCAGGAGGAAGGGGUGUAUCCAGAUGCGGGUCUCCUGAGUUACAUCAAUGAGCUGUGUUCUCAGGAUGCCUUUGUCUCCAAGGUGGAGGCCGUCAUUCACCCUCAGUUUUUGGCAGAUCUGCUGUCCCCAGAACAACAGAGGGAUCCCUUGGCCUUAACUGAGGAGCUGGAACAAGAAGGACUCGGUCUUGUCCAGCUGGUCCAGAAGCAACUCCUGCCCUUGGAAGAGGAGGAGGACGCAGAGGUACCUCCAAGCUGCAGUGGAGCUCUAUUGGACUCACGUCCUUCUGUUUCUGAUGAGGAUGAAGAUGGGGUUGGGCGGCCUCGGCCCUCACCUGGGCUUUGGGUGGCUGGGGGCACCAUCUGCCUUGGAAAGUCUGCUUCUCUGGGAAAGUGGGCAAGAGAAGUGCCUGCUGGGCAGGAGCAGGACUUAGAUGGCCUGAGGGGGAUGUGCAGGGAUGGGAACACUCUGCCAUCCCCCAGUGGCUGGGACCUGCAGCUAGAACUUGCAGCUCCACAGGGAAUGCAAGGGCCCUUGGGUAUAGAGAGAAGCGGGUCUGGGAAGGUUACAAACCAGAUAGCCCCACUUCAGGAUGGCCACCUGGGAGGCGCUGAGUCCCCUGGGUGCUCCCUGGUGGGUGAUAGGACUCCCGAGGCUCUGCCCCUUUGCUGGCAGGAAGGCCCCCAGUUCGAGAUAGUUCUCAGUUUGGAUGCUGGAUUUGCAGAGCUGCCUCCUCUGCAAGGACAGUGGUCAGAAAAGCAGGCCCUGGGGCUGCAGACUGAACAACAGAUAGGGGGUCUUGGAGUGGCUCCCCAGGAGACGGAGCCAUUAGCAGUGCCCCAGGAAGGCUCUUCAGGGGCCAUAUGGGGAGAUAACAGAGGUUCUCCCACGGUUCAGAGUUACGACCAGAACCCUUCCCCUAGAGCAGCUGGGGAUAGGGACGGGCACAGGGCCUCCCUCAGUCCGGGAGUUUGGCUCAGCAGUGAGAUGGAUGCUGUAGGCUUGGAGAUGCCCUUACAGAUCGAGGAGGUCAUAGAGAACUUCCAUGAUUGGGAAUGUGUAACUGAGCACCAGCAGGGCGGCCAGGCAUUGGGCUCCAGAAGCAACAUUUCUCUGGGUCCCGGAGAAAGCACAGCACCUGGGGAUGUGGGAAGCAGCAUAGUUAGCUGUGGAGGCACAGAUGCCACAGCUGCCCUAGAAAAGAGAAACUACUGCAGCUUGUCAGGACCUCUGAGGGCCAACAGCCCGGCCUCAAGCCUUAAAGAAAAUAGAGAGCAGGGCCCUGAGACUCUACGGGAUCCCAAGCAUCUGUGGGUUGAAGGUUGCCCCCCGUUGCUAGAAAGCAGAAUUGGUGCCUCUACACUGGGGGCUUCUGAAGAAACCCUCCUGCCUGCAAAUCAAGGCAACAUCCUUAUCCUGGGGACCCAGGAUACCUCCUCCUUCCCUGAGGCCAGCCCAGAGGCAGGGAGCGGAGGCAAUUCCACUUCUCCCCUGGUGGAAGCCACAGAUCAGGUCAACAUACUAGAUGUUAGGGAUGCCGGUGGCCUCCAGCUAGGGGUCAGUAAGGAUACCUGCCCACUAAGUUUUAAUUCUUAUGACCCCCAAGGAGAAAGCAGGGAGGAUACUGAUUUUUCUGAGCCUAAAGACCUUGCUUCCUUACCUGGGGAUCCAGAGUCUUACGCACACGGGACGCCCAAAUCAACAGCUCCCCACCAGGGCCUUAGAAGCACUUCCCCUAGAUUAGUUCUGAGAGAAGCCUCUCCUGUCAAAGAAACAUGCAGCUCAGCAGAUGGGGCCAAAGGCGAGGAAGGGGAGGACGAGGAGGACGAGGAAUUCUCCAACUUUGCCCACCUCUUGGCCUCUAAACUUAGCCUCUCACCAAGGGGGCCUCCCCUCAGUUUUUGCCCUGCCUCAGGCCUGUUCUCCUCAGGGGGUCGGGGGGCCCAGAGAGCAUCCCACUCCCUCGUUGCUGAGGCAAGAGGCCUCAGCCAGCCUCCGUAUCCUGUUGUCAAGUCUGGGAAGCGAGCUCUAGUUGGAGGCCCAACCCCUGCUGAAAAGAGGCCCUUCCAGGGAGCUGAGCUUGGGGCACCUGGGAAGAAACCCCUGCCUCUGGGAGUGGUUCGGGCCUCACAGCCUCGUAAAAGAAGGCAUGAUGGUUUCCUCACAGGCAGGAGGAAGAAACGUCGUCGUACCCAGUAG